AUGGGCAACCGACUCUUUGUCGAAAAUCGCGUCGCCGAAGAUCUCGAGGCCAAAGGACUGCACGUCCCAGAGGCCAUUGAUGUCACCAACAAAAUGGAAUACGUCCAGUUCCUGAACACCUUGGAUCAUAAGCCUGCAUUCUUGGGAGGACGCAACAAUGAAUGGCGCGAGCUUCCGAACCUUCGUAUGUAUCUGUCCAACGUCGAAUAUAAGCCGUCCCAGACCCACGGAAUUGUGAUGUACGAUAUGAUUCUCAAGCGCCCGUACAACCCCAAAUCCGGCUCGCGGAAAUCGAGUGCAGCAUCGUCUGUACCCAAUAUCAUGCACCAGAUAACUGAUCCCAACGACGAAAAUGCUCAGAUAUCUAUAUUGAUACCGACAAAGAAACCACCUAAACCCUCGCCCACGGUAAAGAAGGUGCAGCAAACCCGCAAGCUCCGACGACUUCGAGAAGCGUACGGUCUUGGACAGGCUGAUGGCGCGGCUCAUGUGCAUGUCCAUGCCCAUGCGCUCCACGACUUUGAGAUCGAUGACGACUUUGAUAACUUGUUUGAUUGGACAACCGAGCUCGACGCCGAGGGCUUGAAAGACAACGUCAACGACUACACGCUCUUCACGGAAGCCACAAACUAG